AUGAAGUUCACUCUCGCUACUGCCGUCGCGGUGGCCGCAUCUGCCGUAUCCGCCAUCUCGCCCCGCGCAACCACAGACACUGAGAUGGGAUGGGGAAAAGCUCUCGCUGGAGACUCGAGCGCCUGCGCUGACUUGGGCGUCAUCUUUGCUCGUGGAACCUUCGAUCCUGGAAAUAUCGGUCCUUGGGUCGGUGCCCCUUUCCGCGAUGCCUUAGCGGCCAAGACCAAGAGCGUUUCCUUCCAGGGCGUGGACCCUGGCGCGUAUCCUGCUGAUCUUGCUGGCUACGUCGUUGAGGGAGGUAGUGAGAAGUGCUCCUUGUCCAUGGGCGUCGUCGUCGAUGCCUACGUCAAGGCCUGCCCCAAGGCCAAGAUUGCCAUAACUGGCUGGAGCCAAGGAGCGCUGUGCGCCCGUAAGAGCUUUGGCGUCAUGAGCUCUGCGUCUGCCGCCAAGGUCAUUGCCUACGUCGCCUUUGGUGAUCCUUAUCCCAAGAGCGCGCUCGCCACCAUGAUCCUGGAGCUGCCCAAGCAGGCUACAAAGCAGCUCAUCACUCUAGCCAGCGACAUCAAGAACGGCCACCUGCAGCGAUGGAUGCUGUCGCCCCAGCACUUCUGGUAUGGCUUGGAUGGAUCUACCACCAAGGCUGCUGAGCAAGUCGUUGCUGCUUUGAACGGCAGCAAGAAGAAAUAG